AUGUUAAAAAAUUCACCACCAUUAUCCCCUGAUACUGAUAAAUUAGUUGAAUGUUAUCAAUUGAUAUUGGAUGUUGCUGCAUGGAUAAAUGAAAAAAAAUUAUAUGAAGAAGAAAGAGAAAAGUAUAAUACUGUUCUAAAAAUAAUUACUGGGUUAUAUGAUAUGAAUAAAUCUUGUAGAAGAUUUAUUGUUAGUGGUUAUUGUAAAUAUCUUGAUAUGGAAUCACCAAAUGGAGUAAAUAGUGCAUAUUUCUUUUUAUUUAAUGAUGUUCUUAUAGAAACUCAAGUUAUAAAACAUCAUAAUCAUAAAAUUAAAAGAAAACAAUUAUUAAAUGUUUAUAAAUUAAUUAAUGACUAUGGAACUGUUGAUGAUUUUAAAGAUGAUAUGUUCCAAGUUCAAUGUGUAUUUAUGGUUACAGAAGAUGCUAUUGUUUCUUAUGGUGCAAAUCCUUCAUUUGGACCUUCUAUUUCUUUUACUUCUCCUUUGUCUGAUAUGCAAGUUACUCUUGUCUUUGAUAAUCCUUUAGAUGCUAAUGCUUGGUUUGUUGCUUUAGCUUAUACUAUUAAAUUAUCUCCUCGUUUAAAUGAAUCUAAGAACAUAUUUAAUAUCAGAAAUGAAUAA